GCAAUGAAGUCAACGCUUAAUGCGCGGGUGGUUGGCCUUUCAUGCAGUGACUUGCGCCAAACUUUAGGCUGGUAAACGCAUUUGUGUAUUUGCCACCAUUGAGUUAAGGAAAAUAAACAUAAAGUUUUAUGAUAUUUGAGAUACGCGUCCCGCUGGUGGCUCAGUUUGCUUUAAACAUUCGAAUAGUAAGCAACGUUUAGCGGUUGAGUUUGAGUUCGUGACAUAAUAGGACGGAAAAUAUCGCUACUAAAAGCAUAAUCUGAAUAAAAACAAAUAGUUAGACAACCUGAUGCACAAUAUUGGACCAUGGAUUACCAAUUUGUGUGUGUGCUGCAUGUGCUUGCAUUUGUGUUGGUGGUGAAUUUCCGCCUCAAAAAUUUCCAGUUCCACGCCGUCGAAGCAAUUGUAGGACGCGACCUAGUGCUCACGCCUAAACGUGGUCUACAACUGAAUGGGAAAAGCAUUUUCUAUGAAGAAGAAUUUGGUGGAACUGCAGUGCAGAAUCUGUCACUCCUGCGUCCCUGGGAACGGACACUGAAGCACGUAACAUACGUUACACUUUUCGCGAAUGACGCGGCCGCUGCUACAGCCGGGAAUAUCAGCAAACAAAGCGCUUACAGCGACUUUCUUCAUUCCCCUUACCUGCCACAACACGGUGCUUUCGAUACACGCUUUGGGGAUAUCGUUACACUGGCAAGCGGACGUCUUGAGCGAAUGGGAAACCACUCUUUUCGCUUCGUAGAAGGCUUAUGUGGUUAUGAAUGUGAGGCCGAUCAAGUGUGGGCUUUGUGGCAAGUGCAGAAGAUACGACAUCGUGAUGCGAAUCGUAAAUUUCGCUACGAAAUGAAAUUCAGUGUGAGUCCAUUGCGUGCCGAAAGUGUGGGAAAUGUUAAAAGAAAGGCCGAAUCGAGUGGCAAUAAUAACAAAAGUAGUGCGUUGCAAACAUACAUACAACGAGAUGACGACUAUCCACAGACAUUUGGAAAAAUAGUGUACAACGAUGACGCGCGAUUCGCCGAUCGUCGGUUUGACGACGUCGCUGGUCGAAAUUUUAGACAAGCGCCCAUGUACCAUCACCGACCGGCGACGCCUAUGCCCCAACCGACAUUCUUGCAUAGCAUCUUUCAGCCGCAUCCACACCCACACUUUCCACCUACGCCGGAUAAAUUAAAUAUUGGCGAGUAUAUAAAAGAUUAUCCUGCCAAGACGGCGCCAAAGAUAGAAUUAUUUCCAAAUGUACUCAACACGGUGAGCCGAAAUUAUUAUCCCACACCCACCACAUAUCGACCUAACUAUCAAACGAAAUUUCCACGCCCCGAAUUAUAUCCACCCACAUUGGAGCAUGAAGCCAUCAAAUUUCCACAGAAUACGCAAGAGUCAAGCUUGUCCGGAGGUGUGGGAAAAUUAUCGCCACCUGUGGUGACGCAUCAUUUCCACCAUCACUUUUAUAUGCCGAGCACUACAAGUAUCGAAAACGAGCUCAGCAUCGCUGAAAAACCUAUAAAUAAUCCAACAAACUCGUAUAAAAAUGUAGUGGGAGACACCACGGCGCCCACAUUUUUCAAUAACCAUUACGAUACUGGCGUCAAAAAUAGUUUCCAACAGGAUUCACACACAGUAAAACCCAUUAGUUUUCCUAAUACGGAGACUGAGGUGCACAAGGAACAUGUGGUGCAAGUGACACCGGUAGCGCCUUUGAAGAGACCACACAUAUACCAAAUGUAUCAGAUACCAAUCGACUCAAAUGUGCCGCUACUAAUCUACCCCGCACCUGUUGUGGAGAAUGAAUCACCACUGCCGCGUAAUAAACCUUUCAUACAAAGCGAACCGAUGGAUGAAGAACCCAUACGAUAUUCUGAACCCGAUCCGCUUUACCUAAAUCUAGCACACAAUCCGUCACUUGAUGAACAAUCUUACGAACUGGGCGCACCUCAAUUAGAAUCGCCAAAAAUUAAUCAAUAUACAGAACAUGCAGAUGCCCAAAUAAGCGCAGUGAAUAACGGAAAAGUAGUGCAGCCCGACUUUAUUGCUGCACAAUUACCACCACCUGACAGUGACCAGGACGUGCGCAUACCAUACGAAGAUGAAUCACAAGGGGUCAGUAAGCGCAAACACGAUUUAGAACAGAAAUCAAGCGAAAAAGACUUGCAGAUAUCCUUGAAAAAUCAGCAGAUUUAUUCAAGCGCUGAUACACUCAGUGUCAACACCGCGACGGAGAGCAUUCAACCCUCCACAACUACGCCACACACCACUACGCUUUCAACCUCUACAACGGCCACUGCUCAAUUGGAUACGGUUCAAACAACAAGUCCUGCCUUACAGACAACUGCUAUACUGACCGCGAAUUCGCUACUCUCGGCAACAACUGUAAUGCCCUCUACGACUUCCAUCGAUGAUGUCCAAUUGCUGACCAAGCAGAUCAAACAAAACUUCAUUUCCACUUCUACAGCAGAGACGCCCUCAUUGCGCGCGAUCAGUCGGUAUCGUCUGAAACAUGUCCGUCCAUCUACAACAAGCACUGAGCAGCCAGUGCUCAAGUGGAAACCUAGACGCAAACAUUCAUACAGCAACAAGUCAAAUAAUGACGUGAAAAUGAAUACUGCAACUGAAGAGUUCGCGAAGACAAACUCAACUGAAGCCGAGCAAAAACGUGAGUUGAAAAAGCAAAAUCAAAGGAGUGAGAAGCAAUUGUACACAGGAGUUGCUUCCAAUUCAACCGAAGCUGGUAAUAUUAGCACGAUCGCCAAAAAGAGCAGUGAGGUAAUCGAAGUUCUCACACAAAAAUCGGUUAGCAAGUCGGUGAGCAUCAAAGUAGGUAAUAACGGUGAGGAAAUACCAGUUAUUGUUGAUGAUAGUGACUAUGUUGCGAAUGAGGUGAAAACAGAUUAAAAAGUAAAUUUUAAUCUCUCUGUUUUGUGCUUUGAAUACCAAAAAUUUUAGAUAUUUGAGUACAUUAUUGAAGUGGCAAACUUUAUAUUGUAAAUUUUUCAUAUAUUAAAUAGUAAGUAUAAAACUGUUAAAUUAUAUAUUUUUUAUCAUAUGUAUUAAAAAAUAAAUAUAAGUGUGAAACAAAAAAUAAUUUAACCAUAUUAAUGAAUUAUUCAUUAUUUUCGUUCUGUAUAUCACUUACCUGCAUCUUCGGAAGCAUAUUUAUAGUUGGGUUGCGGUGGAACUGGUAUAAGCUUAGCAUAUGCUUCGGGCAUCAUUUCGGUGAUGCGUUGAUGAUACGAUAAUCUAGAAUUUUGUAAGAUAAUAUAGAGUAUGCGAAAUUUAUAAUAAAUAUAUACGUUCAAACAAUACCUUAGACAUUUGUGCAAAACUUCUUGUAUAAAUUUUGGACGUGGAUGUUCUGGAUCUAAUAACAAACAACUAUCCCACUCCUCCCACGACCAAGUGAAUUUGAAGUUACUCAAAUGGUAAGAAAACCAAUUAACGAAACGGUCAAAGCAUGAUGUAUUCAUUGAGUCUAUACGCAUGAAUAGAAUUUCAGUGGCCUGUGCUAGCACUUGUGGCAGUGUUGCUGGUUGCAAUUUGCACAACUCAAUUAAAAUUGAACCAUAAACAAUUUCCAGAUAACGUGGUGUAGGCAUAUGGAAGAUUUCCGCAAAUACAACCUCAACAAUGCAGUAUUCAAGUGGUAUUUUGUUCUUGUAGGGGAACGCCAGAAGUUGCGCUGCACAAUCCUUUCGUUCUAAUUUAUGUGUCUCAA